AUGACGUCAGCGCCCGGCGAACGCGAAUCAGGCGGAAACAGAGUUCCGCCCGGCGAUUCUUACGUAGGCGAUUACAGACGACUCAAUUAAUCAAAUUAAGAUCUGUAAAAGCCGGAAGAAUCGUAAUUGAACGAAGUAUAGUUUGGUAAAUUAAAAUCAACAAAGUAUCACUAAAUGAAGCGUAAAUUAAAUUGAAAGCAGGAAAACAGAGUUCCGGCGUCGCGACGGCGAUGCGUCGGCGAUGCACCGGAAUCCUGAGCGUUCGGGAGGAUCGUCGUGCAGUGUCCACGGCCUCGAAGGCUCUCCUUGGACAAAGACGACGUGGGCAAUCUCUAGAUAAAGCAGGAAAACAGAGUUCCGGCGUCGCGACGGCGACGCGUCGGCGAUGCACCGGAAUCCUGAGCGUUCGGGAGGGUCGUCGUGCAGUGUCCACGGCCUCGAAGGCUCUCCUUGGACAAAGACGACGUGGGCAAUCUCUAGAUCUUCUCGCGAAGUCUAGAGACCAAUGAAGUGGGUCGUCGAAUCGUCUCCGGCGGCUGUCACCCGGCGGAGCGGAAAAACGGCGACUUUGCGGCUCUCCGGCGGCUGUCACCCGACGGAGAGGGGCUGGAUGGAGGUGAGGCGCGUGUUAGGGAGCUUCAUCCUCAGGUCCGCGCAGCAAGAGGAGGCUCUUCAUCGCAUCUGGUACGCUCUCAGGAGGUGGCGACUGGUCUCCCGGCGGAUCGUCCUCUUCCCGACGACGGCUUGUUCGUCGAUCAAUCGGAGAUGAUUUACUCGAUGGAUUGCGAUCCUUUUAUCGCGAAUCGUUCAGAAAUUUUAGUAGCAAUGCUCCGCGAAUCGCGUUGACGAGAUUUUCGCCGAUGAUCCAGCGAUUCCGGUUGCUUAAUCCUUCACCGGCGAUCUGCAGGAAAGUCGCGAUAAUCAGUUAAAAAUAUAUGAAUUUUGACUCUGGGAGGAUUCGAACCCGCGGCGGUCGCCCGCCCCUGAACAAGGUGGAUUUAGUCCCACAUCGGUUGUGCGCGGAUUAUUCGGGCGAAUAUAUAGUAAGUUAGCUUUCUAGGCAAAGUCCUCUCGCGUGUACGACCACUCCUUGCCCCACAGCCGGCUGACCACCGGUGACGUGGAAGGGGAGUGGCACACACGUGCCCCUAUCGAUCCAAGCAAGCCGCUCGAGCCCCUGCUCGCGGCUACUCCCCGACUGCGCUUCCGACCCGCUUGCGGGCCCGGCUGGCCGGCGGGUCCCCCCAUUUUGCAAUAUUUUUAUUUUUAUUUCUUGUUCUUCAUUUAUCUCAAAACUAAGACUGUAAAAAUCGUAUAAAAUCACAUAAUUACCCAAAAAUUCACGUUAAUCAACUGAAAACCACUUUUCAUGCUUUAACACAAAUAUAAGUCUAUUUAUCAUGAGUUAAGGCUAAAACUAUAUUAUUUACUAAUUAUUAACUCAUGAUAAUGAAGACUUAUCACACCCCCCAACUUAAAUCAUUACUAGUCCCUUAGCAAUGGAAUUACGAAAAUAAAAAUUUACAAAUCUCAAACAUCAUAUUUCAAUACAGAAAAGAAAUACAAUUAGAAAUGAUGCACCUUUAAACACUUUGGAUUCUUAUAUCAAGUAUUUAAGAAUGAUGUCAAGAACUGAAAUAUUAAAGCACUCCUUAGAAUAA